AACCCUCAUUUACCCCCGCGGUCUCUCUUGUUUACCUCAGCAUCUGCGUGGCGGUGGUUAUUGGCUGGCUCGCGGUGCAGCUGCUUGCCUCUUGCUGACCACAGCAGGGGAAUUCACAGCAAGGGUGGGAGAUCCUUCCGUUGGCCCGAGGCAAUGGAGGGCGAGGUAUCCCAGGACAGUGACACCAUCACCCUCGUGGCAGAGGGUCGGCACUUCUUGUGUAAAAAGACAAAGUUGAUGAACCGCAGUGACUAUUUUAAGGCAAUGUUCUCCAGCAACUUCAGUGAAAAUGACAAAAAACUCAUAGAGCUUCAGGAUAUUGAUGCAGACUGCCUAGAGCUUCUGCUGCAAUAUGUAGAGUCUGGCACUUAUUCCAUUCCCACUGAUGGUGUCCUUCCUCUCCUGCAGACAGCAGCCAUGCUCCAGUUCAGCAGUGUGCAAGAAGUUUGCGAGCAGCAGAUCCUCUCCUCCCUCUCCUGUGACUCCUGUCUGGAGGUGUACUUCAUCACCUCAGCCUUCGGCAUCCGCAGCCUUGCCUCGGCAGCGCUCACCAUUGCUACCUGGAACUUUGAGAACCUGGCCAUGACGCCACAGUUUCAGCAACUCGCUGUGAACGAAUUGAAGGAAUAUAUAAGUCAUCCUGCCCUUCAUCCUGGACCCAGUGGAGAGUGGGGAGUGUGGGAGGCUCUCGUCAGCUGGAUAGAGGUGUGUGAGGAGGAAAGAGCACAACAUCUGGUGGAGCUGCUGCUGUGUCUGGACCUGCACAGCCUCACCCAGGAGGAUCUUGCCAACAUGCUUUUCUUUAGUGUAGUGAGUGAUAGUGAAGAGGCAGUCCAGCUUCUGGAGUGUGUUAGAGCAUUUAAAAGUAAACAGUGUAGCAAAAUGGUUGACUGUGCCACCUCUGGCACCUCUGCAGCAGUGGAAGAAAACACAGAUUGGGUGCCACAGAGCCCAUUAAGUGGACUAACAAAUGAGUUAAGGAACAGUUUAGAGGCUGCCCUCAGAAGACCUGGACGCAGGCUGCCUCAGGUGCCCUGUGUGGUGGGCUUCAAGCAGAACCAGACAACACAACGACGACGCAAGGCCAAGGACAGCGAUGACGAGGAUGAAGUGAGGCACUACAGCCCUGCCGCCCGUGUUAAGAACCUAGACAUCACGCCUGUCUUGUUUUCCUUUGAUCCUGUGCACAAGAGGAUUGCAGAAGAGCUCACCCUUAGCAAGCUCUGCUACAGCCCUGUCCAGUGCUCAGGCUACCAAGUGUGUGCAGUUGGGCCAAGCAUCUUCAUCCUGGGGGGUGAGUACCAGCUGGGCUACGGCAAUUGGAACACGUCUCUGUGGAGGUACAGCACCGCCUCCAGGAAGUGGAUUGUGGAAGAUUCAUUGCCUCAGCCACGGCGACACUUCAUGUCAUGCGUCAUAGACUCCACCAUUUACCUCCUGGGGGGCUACGGCAGGCACCGCGUCAUUCAGAGCUCUGUUGACUCUUAUAACACAGCUUCAGGGGAGUGGUUGCCAUGUCCAGACAUGCCUCACGUUGUUAGCCAUGCAGCAGCGUGCAGUUUUGAAGGGCGGCUCCUGGUGUUCACGCAAGAGAUGCACCUUUUAAUCUACUGCCCCACCCUCAAGAAAUGGUCCUCUGCUCCCCUCAAGUCUCCCAACACCCUGGGCUACCGUGCUGCCCUCCCCUGGAAGCGCUACAUCUAUCUCAUAGACAACUGCUCUCCACAAGUGUACAGGUUCAUGCCUAAGGAAGGCACCACCGUUAUCACCUACGGCCAGUUCACUGCCCCACCCAUUAAUGUAUGUGUGGUAGACGGAAUACUCUACAACUUCUCCCACGAUGAUCUCUGUGAUGGCCGAGUGGUGGAGGCAAUAGAGCUUGAAGGAGGAGACACGGAUGCCGAGGCAAAAAAAGACAGUAGAGGAAAAGACGACACCCCACAGCCAUCAUCCUCUGGCCCAGUGCACUCAAAGGAGAUAUGGAGGGGGAAUAAUCCCGGUCAACAUAUGUUCACCACUCUGUGUCCAGCUGAAAGUACUUUUUCCUUAGGCACAUUUCCACUCUUGAAGGUACAGAUAUGAGCUGCAUGAAGCACUGCUGCUGCUCAGGGAACUUUAAUAAAUUUUUAAAUCCUUUUCUGUGCCAUGAGUUGAGAAAGUCAACCUAGUGUCCAUCAAAUGGCCUGGUUUGUCUGUGAUUUUCUUCAACCAGUGGCUCCUCCCCACUCCAGGCGCAUGGCAACUCAUGGUGGGGAGCAGUGUGCUUCAGAAUUGUCUGUAUGUCAGUCUGUGUUGUAUAUACUAAGCUGACAUUCCCCUUGUAACUAAGGCAAGGCAUCUACAGACUCCUACAUUCCCUCAUAUUUGUGUCUCUAGGUCUCUAAAGAAGAAAGAACUCAUUCUCACCAUAAUGCUGUGCAGGGGUCCAUUGUACAGUCUAACCAGUAGAAUCUGCAACAGGGAAUGACAGUAGAGUUGGUUUUACCCCUGCUGUGCCAUAGUAGACCCUUCUUCCCCAUACCUUAACCAAUCUGCUGAUCAGAUUAUAAGCAGACAGGCUUCCCACAGAGUUGUCUUUGUUCAUACAUUCAAAACUGCCCUCCAUUCAUCCCUGUCUUGUGGAACAACUCUUUUUUUUUUUUUUUUUUUUUUUUUUUUUUUUUUUUUUUUUUUUUUCAUACACUUUCUUGCAUCUAAUCUUUUUACUCUGUCCAUCCAUCAUAAUUUUUUUGUCAUUCCCUUAGCUUUAAAUCUCACAUUAGAUCCAAUUAUCUUUAUUAAAACUCUCCCAUUCUCUUCCCACUUCUUCCUCUGUUCAAUGAGCACUCUUAAAACACUUGUCCUUAGCACUUUGUAUUCCUCUCUUUAUCAAUACACAUUACUCUGCAUAUACUCCUCAGACAUCUCAUCUCCAGUAAAUUUUAUCUCCUCUCAGUUCUCAUCCUUAUUUCUCUUUCAUCCACACCAGUCUUAAUGAGACCUUCAAUUCCAACACACCCAGCCACACAAAGACUAAACAGCAAGUCCUCUCUUUCCCUCAUUCUUCCUCUGUCAUCACCUGACAACUUUGUAAUCACACUUUCAAACUCAUAUUUGCUUUUCACUUUUAUUUCUGUUUCAUCCAAAUUUCUUUUCAUAAACGCUUGUUUGAUUUCCUCCCAUUUAUUCUCAGUUGCACCAUAGCCAGGAACAUUCAACAAUGCAGCCUUCAGGCUUUCUCCCUUCCAUGCCAUGCCUCAUCAUUUGAAAAACAUGCAUACAGAGGACAUUGGUGCUUAUGAACAACUGUCUGCAUUAUUUGUAUUUCUGGCAGGCAUGUAACAUUUCUAGUGAAGACAUUCAGGACAUUUGAAUAAGACGAGUGGUAACCCUUAGAGUUAUGUAACUGACACUGCAAAUUUGUCAAUUCAUUCAUUAUUAUAAUGGUAAGGAAUUUUGCUUUUGUUGCUUUUGACAUAUGGAGUGAAAAGUAAAUAAGUAAAAUUUUUAACAUCUGUAUUACAAAUGUGACAGUGUACAAGUGUGAGGCUAACUUGUUUGUUACUAUUUAGUAAGAAGGUUUUCUUGACAGUUUUUAUGAAUUUAAUGUACCAGAUAGCACAGCUGUCCAACAAAAGCAAUAAUAAUAAAACAAUCAAAUAUAUAGGAAACAUUGACAGCCACAUACAUAUAGUACAGGUCGACCAUCACAAAUCCAGCAAUCACUAAUCCAGUUCCACCACUAAUCCAGCAGUAAUUUUGGCUAGUGUAAUUUCAAAUUUCCCAGGUCGCCGCACAAACCUGCCACUGCCAUUGUUUGUUGGUGCUGCUAUUGUAUGAGUACCUGCUGCAAGAUCAGCUGGCAUCACUUCCAAACACAGAAAAGCCAUUCUAGUUUGUUUUUCUCCAGUUAUUAUUAAACCUGCUCAGUUUUAUUCCAGUGAAUAAACAAAAUGCUUCUUAUUGUGUAAAGCACAAGCACUGUGUAUUAUCCAUAAUAGAUAAGGUUAAACUUCUUUAUCUGUGUAUCUGUGCAAAGCUUAUGUGAACUGUGCAGCAUUGGCUCUUUCAUCAGUUUAUAACAAAGGAACAGAGAAAAAUUGCUCAGUUUCUUUGCUAACAGUAUAUAUUGUGCUGACACUAUUGGUAUCAGCCAGAAAUGAAGUAUUGAUAUUGGUAUCAAUAGAAGUGGCAUUGGUACAGCCCCACUUAUUAAUCAACUUGUAUUUAUUUACAGGAUAAUUUAAAGGUAGGAUGAGGUGGUUAACUGUUGGGUUAAGUGUACUCUAACCUAAACUGUCUGUGAUCUGGCAAAAUCCAGCGUUCUACAAGUCCCAGUGAUGCUAGAUUAGUGAUGGGCAACCUAUACUUAAACAACAAAGGUUCUUCACUCAGUUUCUCAGGAGCAAGUUAAGAUCUGACAUGCAUGAGCCUCAUUACUGCAGUGAUGAGUGCCACAUGUGGUACAUGUAACUAUAUGAAAUAGCUUUUAUCAAAUACCAUAUACAGAACCAUCACUAGGGAUUCCAACAGAAUUAGCACCAGUAUUUUAUUUGUCACCUAAGGGAUCAACAAUCUAUUGUACUUCAGGUAUCACCCUUAACCAGUGUCUGUUAGAACCAUAAUCAUUAAGACUAACAGGUAAAAGGGACACAUGAUCUAAUUGUGUUAAUGAAUAUAGCAAAACAUGUACUAAUUAUUUUAUUCAUAAGAAAAAUGUUCAUUACUUUUUGAGAAAUUAUAAGAGUCAAUAAUAGGUACAAUUGAAUUAUUUAUGUAAAACCAACAGUGACAUAAUUUGUUGCUAUGACCAGAUGGCAGGCAUUACGCACCUUGUGCAGACUUCCCCAAGAUUCACCAGUUUCAUUUCUGCUUCAUAACAAUUAGAAGCACAACUGUCCCAUGGGAGAUCUUAUUGUGUAGGUGCAGCUUUUGGUGUUACACUUGUAGUCUCACUGAUGUCACUAGAGCAAUGCCAUGUGGGACCAAUUUUUGUAGAUGUGGAAACUGUAUAGAGGAACAAUGUGCAGUGGAGGCAAGUAAAUUGCAGAAAUUUUAA